UUAUACCGGAAAACAAUGACUAUACAGCAAAGGAUGUAUCAGUUUUUUAUCGGCCUACAAGUUGCCUUUAGUAGUAUUUCAUUGCUAACUUUAUGUUUAACCCUUCCGCUUAUGUAUAGUAGCGUUCAUACGACUAUCGAAUAUGUUAAUUCGGAACUCGAAUUUUUUCAUUUCAUGUUUCAGAACAAUAUUCACGAUGGAUAUGGUCAUUUGACGGAUUCUACAGGAAUACCUAUACAAACAGAAUGCCCCGGGUGUUGCAUACCAGGUCCAUCUGGACCCCGUGGCCCUGCUGGUGCACCAGGAAAACCUGGCAUGCCUGGUCCAGCUGGCAAACCAGGUAUGCCUGGCACAACACCUAAUCAGACAUGCCCAGUUAGAAUUGUCCAACCACCGCCACCAUGCAGACCCUGCCCAAAAGGACCGCCAGGUAUAAAGGGUUGGCCAGGGUUUCCAGGUGAUCCGGGGCCAAUUGGCGAACAUGGAGCCAGAGGAAAAGAUGGAGCAGAUGGUGAGCCCGGUGAACAAGGUCCUAUUGGGCCACCUGGUUAUCGAGGUAGCCCUGGUUUGCCCGGUGACAAAGGCCCAACUCCAGAAGGAGAAAUUAGAGAAGGACCGCCAGGAGAUCCUGGUCCAAUUGGCCCAAUAGGAGCACCAGGUUUACCAGGUUUGCCUGGAAGAAACGGAAUGACAGGGCCACAAGGCGAACGUGGCUGGCCUGGAUUGCCAGGAGAAUCUGGGGAGCCUGGGUAUCCAGGACCAGAAGGACCAGCUGGAGGACAAGGACCACCAGGUGAGCCCGGUGUAUGUGUAUGUCAAAAUGUGGAUUCAUUGAUUCUCCUGGCUCCAUCGGUACUACAGCCUCGGAUUACCGAUCAAGCUUCAUACGGCGAUAGAAAUGGUGGAACUAGCUAA